CGGCGGCCGACAGCUCCAUUCACAAAACACGGCCCCCGCAGCUGACGCGGCGCCUGCGCGGCCCCGGGGCGGGUGACGGGAUAAGAUGGCGGCGCUCGUGGCCUCUCUUGGGUCGCUGCAGCUCCCGGCGCGGCUCGGAUUCCUAACUUCUCUGGAGCCUUGGCUUGUUUCCCUGAGAUGCGCAUCCAAAAAGUCAUCAGGCGCUUCCAAAAAUCGAGGUGGGAACAGUCCUGGUAAACGUUAUGGAUGGAAGAAAUUAGAUGGUGAUUUUGUUCACACAGGAAAUAUUCUGGCAACGCAGCGCCUCAUUCGCUGGCAUCCAGGAGCCAACGUCGGAAUGGGUCGGAGGAAGACACUGUUUGCUCUUGAAGACGGUGUUGUCCGUUACACGAAGGAAGUGUACGUCCCUCCCCCCCGCAGCCUGGAGGCCGCUCGGGUGGUCUGCCGCCUGCCCAGGGGGGCCGUGCUGUACAAGACUUGCAUCAACGUGGUUCCCGAGAAACAGGAGGGUCGCUUCAAACUGGUGGACAUGCUCUGAGCCUCGGCAGCAGGUUCAUUCUGUGACAACAGAUUGAUGGGAACGUUGCAGGACGUGAAUACUCAGAAUGCCCAGAGGGCUCUCAGUGGGGAACAGAAGCUCUGUCUGUCUCUGAGAUCACAGGAAUUCCGUGCCCCGAAGACUCCAUCAGACAACCUACAGCGAACUCCUGAUAACUCAACACUGACUUAACCUGUCACUACCAUUUGAGUCAAUCUUUCAAUAUCCCGGCUGGGUUUAUUUAUGUAUUUAUACAUGCGCCUAACUCACUACUCUGGAUAACUGGUCGCUGAGCCUUUUUCCUCUUUGGAAUGAUGAGUUAUUAGGAGUUUACUGUACAUUACAAACACCUUUCUCGGGAUGUUGCAGUUUUCUUGAAUGGUCUAUUAAAAUCUUCUGAGUAUUUGAUAUUUUUCCUAUAUAAAACC